GAAGGGCCAAGCAUGACUCUAUAGGAGCACAGGCAUUGGCUUUAUCCCUUGUGUGAGACUCACAGUGAAACAAACCCAAACCUCACCCACUCUGACACACAUUCACAACACAUGCUGCAGGACUGUCCUCUCACGAUGGCCACACAGAGAAAAUGCCACAAAGUGUCAAGCGUUGCUUUCUUAACCUGUCUCUUUGCUGUCUCAUUUCAAGCUGUGAUUUGUGAAGAUGUGCAUGAAGAUUCAGGCGUCAACACCCGUGGGGAUGGUGAUCUACUCCUUCCAACAGGAAAGGUGCAGAAAAAAGAAGAUCAUCAGAUCCAGAUUGCCGUUUUCCCCACUAUGUUUCCUGAUUCAGAGACGCCACGAACUAAGACCACUGAGUCAACUCAGCCUAACACACAGACCCCAGAUCAGACCGAACCAAACCCACCUGAAAUAAACAGUGUCACUUCUAAGAUGAAGUCACUCUAUACAGGCAAUGUGGUCUGUGUGGAUAAAAUACCAGUGCGAUACAAGUAUGAUGUGCUGCUGAAACUAAAGGCCUCCUCCACAUGUGAAGAGACUAAAGUCAAGAUACAAAGUGUUCUAGAACAUCUCUGUGGUGAAGACUGCAAACUUGAAAUCUAUCAGAAAGACAACACGGAUGAGAUCAUUGUUUAUGGAGACAGCGUUGAAGCUGAUCCUGAAGGAAUGGCUGGGAAGUUCAACAAUGACAACAUCACCGAUAAGGUGGAAGUAGAGGAGGCAGUGUCCCGAACUGGCCAGCAGUCAAAAAUUGUUUUCAUCUCUCUUCUAAUAACGGGUUUGCUUCUUGCUACUUUGUUAAUUGCUGGAUAUCUUCUAAAGACUAAUCGAGGACAAUCGAAAGGGCAACAGCUGGCUGAGGACUCCUUUCAAGUGGAGAACCAAGGAAACACACUGCUGUCUGUGGCUCCUCUGCCUCAACAGGAGCCUUUGGACAAGUCCAUCAUCAAUGGGGAGUCUCCAGAAUCUCCCCCCACCAAUGGACACUCCGCCACCCAGACACAAGUGACUGAUACUCCAAUGUAAGAGACUCGGUGUCAACAUCAAUCCAAUGUCCAACAUGAAGAGUGAACAAACAUCAUGGCUUAUCAUGCACAAUAACAUUAGGUGUGAUAAAAACUGCAACAUUGAUAUUGAUAAUAAUGAUGAUAGUAUAAUAAACUGAUUGUUAGACAGCCUUUUGUGUAAAUGCAAGAGAUAAAAGAACCAAAUCUGUUUCAGUUGAGCCUGAAAUGUUAGCUGAUGAAUAACAACUCAGAAACCAGAUCAAUUACAUACAAACAUCAAACAUUUACACUUUCAAAUAUGUUUGGAUUCCACCAGUGCUUCCAUGCUUAAGGAAUAUGAUGAAUAGGAUAUGUAUUAUACGUUUAGAUGAGCCAAAAAUCUUAUCUAUGUGCAGUAUUCAUAAUGGAAAAGCAUUCUCAAAUCUACAACUGCUGCUCUACAUACUGUACAUACAGUAGUAUGCUUUGGUACAUCAGAAAAUGUACUAUUGUCUGGAUUCAACAGUUCUUAAAAUUAGGAUUCUUAUCAGUUCAAAUGUGGUUAUCAACCCUGGCCUUUCACUGACUAAAAUAUAGUGUCAUUUUCUAUUGCCUAUGUUAGUAUAUUGCAUUUUCCACUCUUGAUUUGAUUCACUUCAGAAAGGUUCUGGACGUUUAUGCAUUUCAGAGAUUUUGCUUUUCUUCAAAGCAACUUUUGCAUUCAAAAUACAUUUAAUCAGUAUGUGUGUUUCCUCAGGACCGUGGCAUUAUUAGCAUUAUUCUCUACAAGCUAAGCUGAAAAUGUGUAAUAAGCAAAAAGCUUGAGUGGUAGUGUUAACACAAAUACUGCUAAAAAUCUUGUGUUAGACACAUCACUCAUUAAACACAUUUGCAUGUAGAUCUUAAUGGCAAUGUCUGAUGAAUCACUGCUGUUAUCAUAUUUUUAAAAAGCCAAACUCGUCUCUACAACAAAUUACAAAUUUGACCUUUACAGUAACUGCAUAUAUUUUUAUACAAAGUAUAUUUU